GCCUGUGGGGCAGAGCGCGGGCAGAGCUUGGGCCAGGAGGCAGCACUAGCGGAGCGGCGGCGGCGGCGGUAGCGGGCAGCAGGCAUGACCAUGGCAGCGGCGGCGGUGGCCCGCGGGGCCGGAGCGAGGGCGGCGGCGGCUCUGCGGGGCGGCUGCGGGACCGCGGCCCGGGGGAGGCCGUGUGCGGGCCCCGCUCGGCCCUUGUGCACCGCACCCGGGACCGCCCCGGACAUGAAGGGCUACCUGUGGGAGCGCUACCGGGAGGCGAAGAGAAGCACGGACGAAUUGGUUCCUUCCAUUAUGAGCAACUUGUUGAAUCCAGAUGCCAUUUUCUCAAACAAUGAAAUGAGCCUGUCGGACAUCGAAAUCUAUGGCUUCGAUUAUGAUUACACCUUGGUGUUUUAUUCAAAGCACCUCCACACGCUGAUAUUUAAUGCCGCGCGGGACCUUCUCAUCAAUGAACACCGGUAUCCAGCAGAAAUCAGGAAGUAUGAGUACGACCCAAAUUUUGCAAUCCGUGGACUUCAUUAUGAUGUGCAGCGGGCAGUAUUAAUGAAGAUUGAUGCUUUUCAUUACAUCCAGCUGGGAACUGUCUACAGAGGCCUCAGUGUUGUCCCUGAUGAAGAAGUCAUUGAAAUGUACGAGGGGUCCCACGUGCCCUUGGAGCAGAUGAGCGACUUUUACGGAAAGAGCUCUCAUGGAAACACGAUGAAGCAGUUCAUGGACAUCUUCUCCCUGCCCGAGAUGACCCUUCUGUCCUGUGUGAAUGAAUACUUCCUCAAGAACAACAUUGACUACGAGCCUGUGCACCUGUACAAAGAUGUCAAGGAUUCAAUUCGAGAUGUCCACAUCAAAGGAAUAAUGUACAGAGCAAUUGAAGCAGACAUUGAAAAGUACAUCUGCUAUGCUGAGCAGACCCGCGCAGUGUUGGCCAAACUGGCUGAUCAUGGCAAGAAGAUGUUUCUCAUCACCAAUAGCCCCAGUAGCUUUGUGGACAAAGGGAUGAGGUAUAUCGUUGGGAAAGACUGGAGGGACCUGUUCGAUGUGGUCAUUGUUCAGGCUGAGAAGCCAAACUUUUUUAAUGAUAAACGGAGGCCUUUCCGAAAGAUGAAUGAGAAAGGCGUCUUACUCUGGGAUAAAAUUCACAAGUUGCAGAAAGGCCAGAUUUACAAGCAGGGUAAUUUAUAUGAGUUUUUGAAGCUUACUGGAUGGAGAGGAUCCAGAGUGUUGUAUUUUGGUGACCAUAUAUACAGUGACUUGGCGGAUUUGACCCUAAAGCACGGCUGGAGGACUGGUGCGAUCAUCCCGGAGUUGAGAUCUGAGCUCAGAAUCAUGAACACGGAACAGUACAUUCAAACCGUGGCCUGGCUGCAGACCUUGACUGGGUUAUUGGAACAGAUGCAGGUUCACAGAGAUGCCGAGUCACAGCUGGUUUUGCAGGAGUGGAAAAAGGAAAGGAAGGAGAUGAGAGAAAUGACCAAGAGUUUCUUCAAUGCCCAGUUUGGAAGCCUGUUCCGCACAGACCAGAACCCAACCUACUUCCUGAGGCGCCUGUCACGCUUCGCUGACAUCUACAUGGCGUCUCUGAGCUGCCUUCUGAACUAUGACGUCAGCCACACUUUCUACCCCCGGAGGACUCCACUGCAGCAUGAACUGCCCGCCUGGUCAGAAAGGCCCCCCACCUUCAGAGCCCCUCUCCUGCAGGAGGCCCAGGCCAAGUAGCUGAGGGCCCCCUGGGGCAAAAGCCAGAAACUGACGACCCCUGAUUGGCAGGCAUGACGGGGUUGACGUCGUGUGAGUCUUGCGUAUUGCGUUUGGAAAAGAUACAGAUACGCCUUUUGAUAUUUA